UGCCCCAAGAAUCACACACCAAUUCCCCCCUUCACUCGUUACAUAUUUCACCAAAAAAUAAAAAAAUAAAAAUCUUUUUCAUUAUCACUUGUAUAGUGUAUAUAUUCGUGACCUAUUUCUUGGGUUUCUUGGUGCUGCAGUUCGCCCCUUCCAGUUUAUCAUAAAGACUGAAUUGUCCAGGAUACAAGACGACUUACGAGCUCGGUCAAUACACUAUACACACAUAUAUUAUCUGUUGUUCCAGUUAAGUAUUUGUCCUAAUUUAAAAUCAAAUGGAUAUGAUGAUGACGAAACCUCAAACAAACUCAACGUGCAUGGACUUUGUUGUGAUCAACCUCAGUGCAAACUUGAGGUUGUCUGUUAGCAAAAAGAAAUGGCAUAGGGCAAUGGUUAAAAUCAAGUGUUGUAAGGUACUGCUUUGUUAUUUUAAGGAAAUUUAUGACUUAAGAAAUAAUAAAGAUUCCAAAAACAUUAGCAAAGUGUCUCUUAUACAGUCUGGUAAUGAAAAACUUAUCACUGAUUAUAAAGUACAACAAGAAAACCAUUUAUCCUCUAAUCUUGAUCAGUCGAGUCUUGCUAAGCUAGUUGGGGAGAAAAGCCUUAAAAAUCUUGAUAAUAUUGGCGGCAUUGAAACUAUAGCUACUUCUAUUGGAAGUAAUUUAGAGAAUGGAGUUAAUGGCGAUACAGAAGAUGUUUCGCGUAGAAAUGAAGUGUAUGGAAGGAACACUUACCCGAGGCCACCAACAAAGAGUUUGUUCCAAUUUGUUUGGGAUAUGUUCAAAGAUCCCACCAUCAUUAUACUAUUGGUGUGUGCUGCAUUGUCUCUUGCAUUUGGCAUGAAAGAGGAUGGAGCAAAAGAAGGAUGGUAUGAUGGGGGGAGUAUUUUUCUUGCUGUCUUUCUUGUAAUAUCCGUUUCAUCCAUAAGCGAUUUCAGGCAGAGUAGACAAUUCGAGAAAUUAUCCAAAAUAAGCAGCAACAUCCAGGUUGAGGUUGUCAGGAAUGGGCGACGAAAACAUAUUUCAAUAUUUGAAGUUGUGGUUGGAGACCUUGUUUGGUUGAAGACCGGAGAUCAGAUCCCUGCGGAUGGUUUGCUUGUCGAAGGGCAUUCCUUGCAGGUUGAUGAAUCUAGCAUGACAGGGGAGAGCGAUUAUGUGGAGGUGAACCACAACCAAAAUCCAUUCUUAAUUUCAGGCACAAAAGUUGUAGAUGGAUAUGGUAAGAUGCUUGUUACCUCAGUUGGAAUGAACACGGCUUGGGGCGAGAUGAUGAGCAAAAUCAGUAGCAGUUCUAGUGAGGAAACACCCCUCCAGGCGAGGCUCAACAAGCUUACUACCUCCAUUGGUAAGGUCGGUUUAGCAGUUGCUUUCCUAGUACUGGUUGUCUUGUUGGUACGAUAUUUUACAGGACAUACCAAGGACGAUAAUGGGAAUAAAGAGUUCAAUGGCAGCAAGACAAAGGCUGAUGAUGUGAUUAACUCUGUGGUGGGAAUCAUUGCUGCUGCUGUUACAAUAGUAGUCGUCGCAAUCCCAGAAGGAUUGCCCUUGGCCGUGACUCUUACUCUUGCUUAUUCAAUGAAGAGAAUGAUGAGUGAUAAAGCAAUGGUGAGGAAACUCUCUGCCUGCGAGACAAUGGGUUCUGCUACAACCAUUUGUACAGACAAAACCGGAACACUCACUCAGAACUGCAUGGCUGUAACCAAGUUUUGGUUAGGCAAAGAAUCCAUGGAGGGGAAGGAUCAUAAUUUAAUUGCAGCCAGAGUUCUUGAUUUGCUUCACCAAGGGGUUAGCCUCAACACAACAGGUAGUGUUUUCAGGUCCCCUAAUACUUCGUGUUUCGAAUUCUCAGGUAGUCCUACAGAGAAAGCAAUUCUCUCAUGGGCUGUUCUGCAACUCAAGAUGGAUAUGGAGGAAACAAAAAGGAAUAAUACCAUUCUUCAUGUGGAAGCAUUCAAUUCAGAGAAAAAGAGAAGCGGGGUUUUGAUGAAGAAGAUUCCUGAUGGAACAACUCAUGCUCACUGGAAAGGAGCUCCCGAGAUGAUUCUUGGAAUGUGUUCUCACUUCUGCGACAAUGAAGGGAAUCAUAAAGCUAUAACAAAUCACGAGAGAGAGAAAUUCAACCAAAUAAUCCAAGGUAUGGCAGCUAGCAGUCUGAGAUGCAUUGCAUUUGCCCAUAAACAGGUUUUAGAAACCAACCCUGAAGAUGGUGAAAUACAUGAGAAAAUACCAGAGAGUGAGUUGACCCUUUUGGGGUUUGUUGGCCUCAAAGACCCAUGCAGAACUGGUGUGAAGAAAGCUGUGGAAGAUUGUCAGUAUGCUGGCGUAAACAUCAAGAUGAUCACUGGAGACAAUAUCUUCACUGCAAAGGCUAUAGCAACAGAGUGUGGAAUUUUGCAGUACAAUCAAGCAGUAGAAGAAGGAGCAGUCAUAGAAGGAAGCGAAUUUCGAAACCUCACAGAAGAACAGCGGAUGGAGAGAGUUGAAAAAAUCUGUGUCAUGGCAAGAUCCUCUCCACUUGACAAGCUUCUAAUGGUGCAGUGUCUGAGAAAGAAAGGCCACAUAGUUGCAGUCACAGGUGAUGGUACCAACGAUGCACCAGCUUUAAAAGAAGCUGAUAUAGGGCUUUCAAUGGGAAUCCAGGGCACAGAAGUAGCUAAAGAGAGUUCAGAUAUCGUGAUCCUGGACGAUAACUUUGCCUCAGUAGCCACUGUUCUGAAAUGGGGAAGAUGCGUGUACAACAAUAUCCAAAAGUUCAUUCAGUUUCAACUCACAGUCAAUGUAGCAGCCCUCGUGAUCAACUUUGUAGCUGCAGUUUCAGCCGGAGAAGUUCCCCUCACAGCAGUUCAGCUACUAUGGGUCAAUCUGAUUAUGGAUACUCUAGGAGCAUUAGCACUUGCGACAGAAAAACCAACAAAGGAGCUCAUGAAGAAGCCACCUGUGGGAAGAACAGAACCACUAAUCACCAACAUUAUGUGGAGGAAUCUUCUAGCUCAGGCUUUAUAUCAGAUAUCUAUCCUCCUGAUCUUACAGUUUAGAGGUGAGUCAAUUUUCGGGGUGAGUUCAAAGGUAAAUGAUACUUUAAUCUUCAACACUUUCGUUUUCUGCCAAGUGUUUAAUGAGUUCAAUGCGCGUGAGCUGGAGAAGAGGAAUGUCUUCCAGGGGAUACACAAGAACAAGUUGUUUGUGGGGAUUAUUGGCAUAACUAUUGUUCUUCAGGUAAUGAUGGUGGAGUUUCUUAAAAAGUUUGCUGAUACAGAGAGGUUGAAUUGGGGGCAGUGGGGAGUCUGCAUAGGACUAGCAGCUGCAUCUUGGCCUAUUGGCUGGCUCAUCAAGUGCUUCCCUGUUCCAGAAAGACCAAUAUUUAGUUAUCUCAAAUUGAAGAACUUGAAAUUCUUGUAAUAUGAUUACCAUUUAGUUAGUCUUUGAUGCAUGUAUUAAAUUUAAGAAUUGCAGUAUGAUUGAAAAACUGUAUUGUUAUUAUUGCUUAUCUUUUAGAAUAAUGUAUGUUGUUUCAACGUGAAUAAGAAGGUUCCUUUUUCCUA